GUUUCCCUUGUGUUUCUGGUUUUGGUUAUUCUCUCCAGCUCUUUCUUAAUGUCGUUAAGUAAACAUAAGUUUCGAUUUGUACGUGAAAGGCUUUUCGUCAUUAAAGCUUUGAAGUGGAAUUGUGAAUAUAUAUCAUUAAUGGCAAAAUUAUUUGGUACAGAACUUGUACCAUAAGUGAUAAUUUCAAGAGACAUUUAGCCCAGAAGACCAUCAUGAAUGCAAGCUUGCAUGAUGGCAGGUGAUGAGCGUUGCAGCCGAUUUUCUCAUAAAUCCAAGAAAGUGUUAACUGUUCUUCGUAAAAUUAUUCUCAAGAGAAAAUAUUUGGAGUAAGUCUCAUCUAGAAAAGGCAGACCAGUGAGAAAGCUCAUAAUUAGGCUAUGUUAGUACUAUAGUUGGAAUUCAGCGAAUUCCAAUCCUUCGAAAUUGACGUGACCAACCGAAAAGUAGGUCAGAAUGCCAUGAAAGAUGUGCUUUCAGCUGCUAUAAGGUAUUAACAGAGCAGCCAGUGUUGUAAUUCCUGCCAAGAUGGAAGAGAAAUGUUUUAAAGGAAAAGAGGAGGAGGGCAAUGACUUGUGGUUGACCCGCAUACCAAUACCAAAGAUGCUAGAGUUAGCUGUGCAUCAACUAACCAAUAAGAAUUUACCUACUCAUUUCAUCGAAGAUGUCCUGCCAUCCCUUUGUUUCAGUCUACCUCCAAAUAGUGGCGCCUGUUGUCGUAUACUGCAGUCUCUUUCUGAAUCAAGCCCAGUGUGGGGGAGUUUACAGGAAGGUGUGGCCAGUGGAAAAUAUCUCCCUCCAGGGAUGAUGGCUGCUCUUUAUCAGUCACGUCCCUCCUUCUUAGAAGGAAACAUUUUUAGUGUGCUCAGAUGCUAUGCGCAGAGUACCGCUGCUUGCGAAAGGUAUGAAAUUUCAAACUUUACUAUUAAACAUUUUAAGGAUUCCAGUCGGUCCUCUUGUAGUUUAUUUGAUCGCAAAAUUGAUGUCAUGAACAGUGAGGAUUCACAAAAUUUACCACAAGUGCAAAUUGUUCCUAACUUUUGGAGGAAGAGUUUUAUAGUGGAUGCUGCUGUUUGUAGUGAGGAAGUAUUUAUCAUGUGUUUGAGGAUAUUCUUUAAGGUGGCAGUGGAUGUGCAGUUUUCACUGACAUAUAUGUUGAGUGUCCAUGAUUUCUUUGCAGUGUUAUUCUGUAGACUGGAUAAAGAACUUUUCAAGGUUUUUCCAAGUAACUUGCAGCAUGUAGUUUAUCUCUUAACACUACCUUUGUAUAUCUCAGAUGAUGCCACACUGGAAAAUACUGAACAAGUCCCAGUUAUUCAGGAUACUCUUUUGAGAUUGGUACAGGAUGAGGGGAUUUCUGUUGUUCGAACUUUGCUGUGUUUCUUUCCAUAUUGGUUGCCAGCUUUAUCUUGUAGUCAGUUUUUAGAUAAUUAUUUGAAAUUCAUCCCCAAAGAUGAAGAUGAGACUGUGAAGGUAGAAAGCCAAUCAGAAGUAAUUUUCUUAGCGUAACUGUGAUAAACUGUAGUGGUGGUUUAUUGUUUGGGGAGAUAAGCUAAUAGCAAUAUUGAGCUUUCUUUCAUUUAGAUUAAUUUCAACAGGUUUUUUUCAGCAUUAAAAUUGGACUAUAUUUUCCAGAGUAUAUAUACUAUUUACAUGUUUCUAAUUGAUAAAUGUAGUGUUCUUUGAAACAAGUUUUUUGUUUUUCAAGCUGCAUAUUUGAUUAUUACGCCCAAAAUUGUCCAGAGGGAAUUAAAGGUUGUGGUAGAGAUGGGCUGCAUUUGGUAUAUGCCUUCAGUUUUGUUGUUUUGACAAGUGGUUAAUUUGGGGUAUGUAAAUUACUCUUAAGCUGAGGGCAUUGGAUGGUGUUUACUCCCUCAUUGCUAGGUCACAUCAUUUGACCCAUAGAUAGAACUUUGGAUGUCAUUUCAACUUUGUGGCAUCUACCCUUUUCUUUGGUUAUACUGUAAUUGUGAAAAACAAACUACAUUUUGGAAUUUCUGGACCCUGAAUGGGGACAAUGCAUACAGUUUGCCUUGUGUGUGUGUCACUCUUACAUGGGAUUAGACAAAUUAGGUAGGUCACUAAGCUUGCUUGUCCAGUCAUCCCUUGCUUUUAAAAAACUGAUAAUACUUUGUACCUCUUAACUAAAUGCUUACUGAAAGUGACAAUAGCAUUUGAGGGUGAGAAAAUUCCCAAAAGUAAGUUUGCUAGGUUUUAUCUUUCAAGGUUUUGCCAGAUUGUUCAACAAGAUUCAGUUCUUUGAAAAGGCAUGACAAAUUUUUUCCAGAUUUGUCAGAACAUUUACAAGAAUUUAUUUGAUGCAUCCUUUAAUGUUGGCUGAAAGUUUAAAUGCUAGGCUGUUAGGAAAGCAAGAUUAUUACGUAUAGGCAAUCUGCAAAGAGGGAGAACCUAGAAGGAUUAAUGGGGACUAUAGGGGGACAAAUAAGAUUUAAUUAGCUGUUUUGGAAUCUGCACCUAUUCCAUAAUAAUACAAGUUUUUUUUUUUUUAUUUACUCCUUUUUUGCUAUAAUCAGAGUGGCCUACUUGUACCUUAAGUUUUGGCUGAAGUACUGUACAGUGGUGAAGAGCACAGUACUCUUGGAACUUCUGUCUCUUAUUCAUUGUUGAUAUUUUGGCAGCUGAAAUGGAAAUAUUGAUUUCUCUUGUGAUAAUUUAAAAUUAUUAAGUUGCUCAUGAAAUCAAGUCACUUCAUAGUCAUUGCGUUCAUUUUACAUUACAAGAUUUUAAUAAUAUAGAACUUCACUGUAGAUUGUGUAAACCAUAGUAUAUUUCUUAGAUUUUUCUUCAUGUUUACUGUAGUUCUUGUAAUGUAAAUUAACAUAUAUUUUUGUUAAACAAACCUAACAUGGUAACACUUUUAAUCUGUCUUUUCAUAUUAGAUAUAGCAUUGCAUUAGUUAGCUCCCCUCCCUCGGGUUUGUAAAGUGUUUCAUCUGUUACAGGCUGCUAAAUAGUAAGAGCUCGUGCCAGCAUAAAGCUAGCUUAAUCUUGCUGCUGUUCCCUUUUGUCUCUUCCCACCAAGCUAUCAAAUUCAUAACUCUGUCUUGUUACAGUUCCAGUUUUGCUCUAGUUAAACUAUACUACAAUAAUGACAUGUAUUAGUUGUAGAUGCCAUUGUAUAUGUAGAUAAUUUUCUUUCUUUGACUAAAGAGUACGGAUUGUUCCCAUCUUUCAUUUGGGUAAACCAUUGGACAUUAGUUGGCAAACUGAAUACGUACAGAAUUUUCUUAUUUUACAUUUCACUUUUUACUUAUAGUAUUGCUUGGAAAAUUUGGCAGUUAUGAGUAUGUGUGUACUAUAGUGGAGCAAUUGAAAUAGUGAAUAUUCUGUAUUGAUUUUAUAAGAAAUGUAGUUGGAGGUUUGAAUUUUCAUACUGUUUUGUAUAUACAGUGAAGUUUUGUACAACUUCACUACUUGUUCACGCACUGUACUAACUCUCUGUAAAAAGUAUAGCUUUAAAUUGAUAAAAGGUUACAGUAUGUGGCAAGUGAUAGAAAUUUUAUAAGACAAAUUAUGGGUUUUUUGUACAUUAUUAAUAAAGAG